AUGAUGUUCCCCGGCCUCCUCGCGCCUCCCGCCGGGUACCCUAGCCUCCUGCGGCCCACGCCCACCUUGACGCUGCCCCAGUCCCUACAGUCGGCAUUUUCCGGUCACUCCAGCUUCCUGGUGGAGGAUCUGAUUCGCAUCAGCCGGCCUCCUGCCUACCUGCCCCGCACGGUGCCCACCACCAGCGUGUCGCCCCCCAGGCAGGGGGCCCCUGCAGCCCUCACCGACGCUGGGGCCUCGGACCUGGGAUCUCCUGGUCCCGGCAGUCGAAGGGGCGCCUCUCCGCAGGCUGCCGGCCCGCCGGCCCGCCAGCCCACCUUUCUCAAGUUUGGGGUGAAUGCCAUCCUCUCUUCUGCGGCGCCUAGAACAGAAACCCCCCCAGCCCUGCUCCAGAGCGUCCCUCCUAAGACCUUCGCUUUUCCCUACUUUGAGGGUCCCUUCCAGCCUUUCAUCAGAUCUUCUUAUUUCCCAGGUAGGUCUUGACACCCCCCCCUUUCCGGACCCUCCUGGUGGCCGCGGGCCGCCCGCGGCAAGCCUCGCCGGGGCAUGCUGCGGCGCGCCGUGUUCUCCGACGUGCAGCGCAAGGCGCUGGAGAAGACGUUCCAGAAGCAGAAGUACAUCAGCAAGCCCGACCGCAAGAAGCUGGCCGCCAAGCUGGGCUUGAAGGACUCGCAGGUGAAAAUCUGGUUCCAGAACCGGCGCAUGAAAUGGAGGAACUCCAAGGAGCGCGAGCUCCUGUCUAGCGGGGGUUGCCGCGAGCAGACCCUCCCCACCAAGCUCAAUCCGCAUCCCGACCUCAGCGACGUGGGCCAGAAGGGUCCCGGGGACGACGACGACGAGGACGACGACGAGGGCCCGGGCAGCCCGCACCAGAGCCUGUCCUAUCACGCGUCCGGUGAGCCUCGGCACCUGCGCGACCUGCGGCUGGAAGGGCCACUGCCCCCGUCGCCGGUGCAAUCGAGCAGCCCGGGGAAACCUUCGGACUUCUCGGACUCCGAGGAGGACGACGAGGGCGAGGAUGAAGAGGAAAUCACCGUGUCCUAG